UGUGUUAAUGUCAAAAUUAUUGGCAAAGUGAACGGCCUGUUGCCUAUUUGUUUAUUUUAUUUUGGUAUUUUUUAUGUAAAUUGAUGUUUACAUUAUAAUUUAACAACAUUUUUCAAUGAAAACACAGUUCGUACGUCAUCGCAGCCAUGUUUAGUGCGUCGAAAUUGAUAAGAGUGAUGGGCCAGACCCUAUCGGAGCCGGUGACAGAGAAGCAGUCAUCAACAUGCCAGGACAACCGGUACCUCGUGGGCUCCUCCUGCAUGCAGGGCUGGAGGGUGUCGAUGGACGAUUCCCACACACAUAUACUGUCACUCCCGGAUGACCCAGGAACAGCAUUCUUUGCUGUCUACGAUGGACAUGGUGGAUCAAAUAUAGCGGAGUACGCCGGCAAGCAUUUGCACAAGUUUAUAACCGCCCGGCCGGAGUACCACUUGGGCAACAUCGAGGAAGCGCUUAAACAGGGUUUCCUCGACCUGGACCAGGCGAUGCUCGAGGAGGACAUGCUGCAGGAGAAGGUUGCUGGCAGCACUGCAGUGGCUGUGCUCAUCAAAGACAACACACUCUAUUGUGCCAAUGUCGGGGAUUCCCGCGCCAUAGCCAGCGUUAGGGGAACGGUUGAACCACUCUCGUACGACCACAAGCCGAACAAUGAAGAAGAACUGCGUCGUAUCACGGCGGGUGGCGGCUGGGUGCAGCUCAACCGUGUCAACGGCAACCUGGCCUUGUCCCGCGCUCUGGGGGACUACGUCUUCAAGAGGAACUACAGGCUGUCGCCGCAGGAGCAGAUCGUCACUGCGUUCCCCGACGUGCAAGUGAGGCAGCUGAAUGACGACUGGGAGUUCAUUGUGAUCGCCUGCGACGGCAUCUGGGAGGUGUUGUCUAACGAGGAGGUGAUAUCCUUCUGCCGCGUGCGUUUGCUGAGCGGCUGGGAGCCCCACGCGGUGUGCGAGGCCCUCAUGCAGCGCUGUCUCGCUCCCAACUCCGCGUGCGGCGGCCUCGGCUGCGACAACAUGACUGUGCUGCUGGUGCUGCUGGCGCCCUUCCCCAGCUCCGUCGCUCCGAGCCCUUACAAAUGUCUCGACAGGGGCCAGUAUUGGAGCAUGACUCCCACCCGUCGCUCUUUCUCUUAACAACGCAAAAUGAACUUUAUCACCAUUGCACAAGCUUUAAUUUCGAACAUACAGUGUGUCUCUUGAACUGUGAUUGUGCCCUUACUUUGGGACUUGGUGACAUUUUUAACAUUUAUAAAUUUUCAACAAACAGAUUUUAAAUAUCUGAAUUUUAUUUAUAAAUUAAUACACAAUACAUUACUUUAAAUUAAAUUAUCAGCUGACUGCAAUGUUGAUAAAACUGGUUGAACAUAUUUCUAUAAGAAUAUUUGUCACGUGUUAAAAAUCUGCCAAGUUCUAAAAUUAAUUUCUGUAAUUUUAAUGACGUAUUUGCCUUUUUUAUAGUUUUGAUAUGUCAUAUUAUGACGUUUUCAUUUUCAUAUCGAAAGGUAAGACUGAUUUGUGCCAUGCAUGUGUUAUUGAGUAAUUAAUUGAUUCAUUACUAUGAUUCGAUUAUAAAUGCGUAAUAAAGUAACUAUAUAACCAUCGAUUUAAUUUUCAGAAAAUGAAAAAAAAAAAAAAACUUUGAAAUGCUUGUCUGUUUGUCACCAUUUCAUCUCAGGAAAUAUAUGGGUACAAUGCAAUUAAUGUUAUCAGGUAUAAUUUUUUAUAGUAAAAGUAAUAUGUUUAUGUUACCAUGAUAAAUGUAGUUUAUAAUAACAUAUCUAGCCAUAACGUGCUAUCCAACAAAAGGUACUGGUUUAAAAUGCUUCAGUUAUUGAUAUGUUUAAAUGUACACAUACACUCAACGAGAAUAAGAAUUCUAUUUUAAAUUGAAGCAUUGUUUCGGAGAAAUGCAAUGUUCGUGUACAUUUCAAAGUGUUGAUAUUUAAAAUAAUUGUUUUGAUAUAUGCACGUCUACGUUUGGGAAAUUAUGUAUGUCAAUCACUAAUGGCUGUGUUAUCAUUCCUAAUACUUGUUGUUAGUGUUACGCUUUCAUAUGCUUUUGUUGGUUCGCCUGCGCAUGUCAAGCUUUUUGUUAUAAUUUUCGUGAAAAAUUGUACUUAAAACGUUGAAAACCAAAAGUAGAGGCGGUCUAUUUUUGUGAUGUCAGUAUAUCGUAUGAUUUUUGAAGUAUUGUAUUUAUUUCUGAUAAUAAUAUGAACAUUUGAUACUAAUGUCAUGAUUUUGAUUGUCUAAAUAUAUUUGUAUUUUUAUAGCAAUAUUUUGUAAUGCAUGUUUUUUUUUUAUGCAUGAAUUCAAAGAAUUUACAUUGGUAGUAGUAUUUGAUUCUUGUUCAGUAAUUGUUUAGUGGUAAUGACAUAUUCGUUUUUACAAAAAAAGUAUAUACUUGGAAUGUUGCAUCGGCUUUGACUUCGUUAUUUGCAUGUUUAUAUUAUGUUUUUACAUAAUCAGAAUUUAAAAAAAAGUGGACGACUUCGCUUACUUUUUACAAAAUAAAUAUAACAAAUUAUAGCAUUGUAUUACAAAAUAAUAUAAAUCGCAUGCUAACUAAAAAAAUCUAAUUGUGAAUGAUAACCAAUUUAUUAAUGCUAGCUUUGUUUGUCACUUGUUUGCUUUUAAUAAAUUCUCUAAAAUCAUUUUUUCUUUCAUUCACCCUGUAGUUUCAACUAGGAAUUUUCAAUACAAUAGAAUAUAUUUUUGUAUAUAUUUUUUGUUUGAAUGCGGCCAUUCAAAUAUCAAAAAAUCUCAGACUUGGCGUUAAUCGCUAUUGUGCUUUAAAAAACUUGUAGUUCAACUCUUUAUCGAGUGUAUUGCUAAUUCAAGUCGCCUAAAGCCAUCUAGGCUACUAGAUGGCGGUAUUCGAAUGCGUCUACUGCUAAGUAGACGCAUACACACUAGUGAACUCCGUUGAAUAAUAAUACUUUGAUCAAAUUUUCAUUAAUAGAGGUGAUAAAUAGAAGUAAUAAAGCAGUAAUGAAUAGGAUUGUUGAAUGUUUUGUCUGUGGUACCUAAUGUUAUAGCCGGGUAAGCAUGAAUAUGAACAUAAUAAUUUUCCUUAGGAACAGAUCUUUUUUUAGCAUCUAUGUCCUUCUAUACUCACUCUCAAAUUUUGCAUACAUGUAGUACUUAAAAUAGAGAAGAACAACAAUAGAAAAAGUGUAGAUAAAGCGUGAAAACAGAAAAAUUGUUUACU